AUGCUGAAAUUCGUGAAGCGCCUCGGCUCUCGCCAGGAUUUGCGAGGAUGGAAAGAAAUUUCGAACAAGAAUAGCGCGCAUAAAGAUGUCCCAUCAACAGCUUCGUCAGACUCGUCGCCGAGUUUCAGAAACCAUAAACCAAUGGCCGCUACUUUUGAAAUACCUUCGGACGUUGCGUAUGACAUACCUUCGACGAUGAAAGCCCAACAGCUCGACGACUACAACACACCAUACGUAUUUCGAAACAAUGUUCCCGUGCCGACACCCACACAUCCUUACGAUUUGCUGAUCCGGGUCGAUGCUGCUGGUUACUGCCAUACCGAUUAUGUAUUAGCGAGCGGUCAUAUGUCGAGUGUCGAGCAACCUGUUUUCCCACACACUGGUUGUCACGAGUUUGCCGGUACGGUAGUCGCUUUGCCCCCGCAUUCAGCACAGUCCGACUUCAAAAUUGGAGACCGUGUUGGUGUUUCUUGUCGCCCGUACCAUGCCUGCGGAGAAUGCGCCGAAUGUCUUGAGGAGGACACACCCGAUAGUGACCCCAGGGGAUACUCUGUUUUGUGUCCAACGAUAAAAAGCCAUGGUAUCGGCAUACCAGGCGGGUUUCAGGAAUACGUGCUGGUAGACUCGCGGCAGUUGACCAUCAUACCGCCUGGUUUGAGUCAGGUUGAGGCGGCACCGUUGAUGUGUGCUGGGGUUACGAUCUAUGCAGCUAUCAAAAAGACGGGUCUCAAACCUGGUCAGCGAAUUGGUAUUAUAGGCUGUGGUGGUGGACUUGGUCAUUUGGGCUUGCAAUAUGCGACUGCGAUGGGUUUGAGGGUUUAUGGAGUCGAUAAUGCCGAUAAACCGCUCGCUUUGGCGCGGGGAUUAAAGAAUGUUUCUGGCGCAAGGAUUAUCGACGCACGCACAACGACUGCAGCAGAAGCAAUCGCUCAUAUCAGUACGGAAGAUCGAAGACCGAUCCCCGGCCAAUUCGGUCUUGAUGCAGUCAUUAUCUUACCGGAGAGUCAAGAGGCUUUCCAGUACGGCGUGGAUAUGCUCAAGAACCACGGUAAAUGUGUGGUUGUCUCGUUUCCUCCCGAAGGAUUCCACACGAGUUCCUUGGAUCUCAUCUUUAGAGACAUCACUUACGUCGGCAAUGUCUCUGGUACGACCAAGCAGCUACGGGAAAUGACAGCCUUCUCCGCCAAACACGGCAUCAAGGCUCAGAUAAAUACCUUCCCACUUGAGCAGCUCAAUCGAUUGGUGGAAGCAUACCUAUCCGGCCAUGGUGGGAAGUUGGUGGUCGAUUACCACUAUAAAAAUUCAGCGUCAUGA